AUGUAAAAGUUUUAAAAUUUAUUCAACUUAUUAGAAGAUCAAAGAAAGAAAACAUCCUCGCGUCAUUCAAAUUCACCUAAAAGCAGAGUUACUGCCAAUCAUGAUGAAUAAUUUCUUAAAGCAAGUAUUAAGGCUCACGAUUCCAGAAAAUACUUGUUAAAUAACAAUCCAAAAAGUAUACAUGAUCGAUUGAGUUCAUUGAUUAGAAAAAAAUCAUCUCCCAUUAAUAAACUAAGAAAUAAACACAAUUCUUUACAUGAAAACAGUUUUAUUAGCAACACCUAUACAACAUAGGAUGAGAUGCCAUAAAUAAUUUUACCUAUCAACGAAAUUUAGAUGCCCCAAUAUCAUGUCAAUUAAACAUUUUAAUAAGAGUAAAGAGUAAAAACAGACAAUACCAAUAACGAAAUUAUUAGUCUCGAAAAUUAGUUACAAAAGUAUCCUAAAUUGCAAAAUUAUUUUCAAAUUAAAAGAAUUCAGAAAGAACUAAUUAAAAAAGAACAAAUAAAGUCAAAUGCAUCAUUGGCCAACACAAAACCUCCCCAGGAUAAUUCUAAAUAUCAAUUAAAAUAUGGAAUCAAAUUUGAUAAUUUUAUUUCAAGAUUGUAAGACAAAGAUGCUAAAAUUAGAAUAUAAAAGAUAUAUGACAGGUAUAUAUUAAUAAUCGCUCUAGGUACACUUAUCAAAGAAUAAGCACCAAAGUAUACACAGAAAUCCCAGAUGUGACAAAAUAUACAAAAUUAAUAAAUACUCAAACAGAAAUAUUUCAAGAUGUAAUUGAAAAUAGGAGAUUAUCAAGAUCAAAUUAAAAAAAAUUGGAAUCAAAUCUUAAAGAAAUUUAUAGGUAAGUACUAAAAAAUUGAUUACUA